ACACUACUAUAUAACAAAUAAUUUGAGGAAGGCAAGGAAAGUUCAUCAUCAUGGCUAAGGGUAAAAUGGUAGAGUUUCAAGUUCACUUGAAGACGGAGGAGAAUUUUCAGAAGGUACUUACCGAUGAGGAAAAUCUCUGGGUUAUUGACGUGUACACAGAAUGGUGUGGUCAUUGCACCUGUGCUGUUGGAACCUUCCAGAAACAAAACAUCCUGCACAAUGGCAAACCUGUCAAGUUUGCAACAGCGUGUUCAAAUGGUAUACCUUUCCUGUCAAAAUACAAGGGAAACAGCGAACCCACAUUCAUGUUUUUGGCGGGUAAGGGUACAUUGCUCGAUGUUGUCAGAGGUGUUAAUGUUCCAAAGAUAGUCCAGAAAAUUAAAACUUAUCUAGCACUGGAAGAGAAGAUCAAGGCCGGAGAUGCUGAAAGGGUUGAAUUUUUCGACGAAGCGUUGGCUACUCCAGCUCCUGAGACGCCUGAAGAAGAGGAGGUAGUAGAAGAGGAAGAGAAGAUAGAAACGCGACCUCUUACUGUUGCUCUCAUCAAACCAGAUGCAGUGGCUGCUGGUAAAGCUACUGAGAUAAUUGCAAAGAUGGACGACUGUGGUAUUGAUGUGGUAUCCAAAGUGGAGACCACAUUGAGUCGUGAAGACGCCCAGAACUUCUACUCACAGCACGAAGGAACUGACUUCUUCCUCCAGCUCAUCGACUACAUGACCAGUGGGCCAAUAAUAGCUUUAGCUCUUGCGGCACAAAAGGAAAGUAUAGACGUUGUGACUCAGUGGAGGAUCCUGAUAGGACCCAAAGAUGUGACCAUUGCCAAGGAAGAGGCACCCGAGAGUUUGCGUGCACAGUUUGGUAGUGGCGGGGAGUUGAUGAACGCACUCCACGGCUCUGAUACCGCAGAUCUGGCAGCAAGGGAGCUUGCGUUCUUCUUCCCUGACUUCCACAAGAAGAGAUCAAAAGCUUCACCUUCUAAAGUUGUUCGAGUACAGAGAACACUAGCUCUUAUCAGACCUGAUGCUCUCAGAAAAUACAAAGACGACAUACUGGGAAAGAUUGGAGCAUCAGGGUUCCAAAUCGCAAACGCGAAGGAAGUGUCACUCACUCCGGAACAAGCAGCCGAGUUCUACAAGGAACAUGCUGAUCAGGACUACUUUGAUAAGCUUGUUACUCAUAUGAGCAGUGGACCAGUGAUGGCACUAGCUCUGUGUAGAGAAGACGCAGUUACCGGCUGGAGGGACAUGUUGGGACCAAAGAACGUGGACGAGGCCAAGGACAUCGCUCCGGAGAGGUAUUUACGAGCGCAGUUUAUCGAGGACGCGGAAGACCCAGCACUGAAUGCACUGCACGGAUCUGACAGUUUGGAGAGUGCGGAACGGGAGGUGAACUUCUUCUUCCCCAAACAGCAAACCCUAGCUGUCAUCAAGCCGGAUACCAGCCAGGAAGAGAAGGACGUCAUAAUGGAUAAGAUCCGAUCGUCUGGAUUCCACAUCCAAGCCCAGAAAGAGACCCACUUGACAAAGGACGUAGUGGAACAGUUCUACGGCGAGCACAAAGACAAGGACUUCUUCGGGGAGUUGACCGAGUUCAUGACGAGCGGACCCACCAUGUUCAUGGUCCUGUCAAGAGAGGAUGCUAUCUCUGGUAUGAGAGAUAUUGCGGGCCCUGCUGAUCCGGAGGAGGCUAAGAAGAGUGCUCCUGAGAGUAUAAGGGCGCUGCUAGGAAAAAAUAUCCUAAAGAAUGCUGUACAUGCACCAACAGACGAAACCAGGGCGAAAGCAGAAAUCAGGUUGGCAUUCGGAGACGAACUUGAAUUUGAUGAGGAUGGCAAUGUCAUAGAUACAGCAGAAUCAGAACCAAACGAUGCAGAGAUAGAAGGUUCAGCAGUAGCCAACGGUCAAGCUGCUGAAGGGAAGAAGGCGACCCCAGCUCCAGAAGGAGGAGCUAAAGAAGCAACACCAGCUCCAGAAGCAUGAUCUAUCAUCCAGGAUUACAGAUCAGAUUCUAGAUUGACACGGUUACCAAGUACUGUACCAAGCACCACUACCGGCGGAUGAGUCAACAACUACUCAACGACACGGUCAAAUGCGUUAUUGAGAAACUUUAGAACGGGAAACCGGAUAUGAGCUCAGGGUGAACCCCCAUGUGAUCACACGUCAGGGGUCGUUGAUUAGUGGAAAAGGCAUAAAAACAUGAUAGUAAUUUGACCCAUUUAAUAAGUAAUGGAAGAACUGAUGUCAUGGGACUAAUGUUAUAACUAAUGAUACUAGAAUGUUGCAAACUUGCUAAUGAGCCUACGUAAGAAGUUAAAGGAGGGAGGGCCAGUGUAAUGAGCCACAUGAAUUUGUAAAGCAUCAGUUGUUGGUGCUGCCUUGCUAUAAAAACUUUGAUCCUCACUUUGUAAAUAUCAGUCUCUUUUUUUCGUGCUAUUGAUGUUGUGCGAGGUUCUUGAGUUAAGUUGUAAUUUAUACUUUUUCAAUUUUACCCUAUCUCAAACAAA